GAAAAUUUAGCAGUCACUUCGUUUAUGCCGUGACUGCCACAACUUUUGUAGUAACCAACACAGAGUUCAUACACCUGUCGGGAACCUCAACGCAAAAUGAAGUUGAACAUUUCUUAUCCAGCAAAUGGCACUCAAAAGCUGAUUGAGAUUGACGAUGAGCGUCGUCUUCGCGUGUUCAUGGAGAAGAGAAUGGGCCAAGAAGUUCCAGGUGACUCUGUUGGUCCCGAGUUUGCUGGAUACGUUUUCAAGAUCACCGGUGGUAAUGACAAGCAAGGUUUCCCCAUGAUGCAGGGUGUCUUGUUGCCUCACCGUGUGCGUCUCCUGCUUCGUGCCGGUCACCCUUGCUACCGCCCUCGCCGUACCGGUGAGCGCAAGCGCAAGUCUGUCCGUGGCUGCAUUGUUGGCCAAGAUUUGGCUGUUCUUGCCCUCUCUAUUGUUAAGCAAGGUGAGCAAGACAUUCCUGGUUUGACCGAUAUCACUGCCCCCAAGCGCCUCGGUCCCAAGCGUGCCAGCAAGAUCCGCCGCUUCUUCAACUUGACCAAGGAAGAUGAUGUUCGCAAGUUCGUCAUUCGCCGUGAGGUCCAACCUAAGGGUGAGGGCAAGAAGCCUUACACCAAGGCUCCCAAGAUCCAACGCCUUGUCACUCCCCGUACCCUUCAACACAAGCGUCACCGCUUCGCUCUCAAGCGCAGACAAGCCGAGAAGAACCGUGAGGCUGCUGCUGAGUUUGCUCAACUUUUGGCCCAACGUGUCGCUGAGCAAAAGCAAAAGAAGGAGAUCAUCAAGGCUCGUCGUGCCUCUUCCAUGAGAAAGUAGGUGUCGAACUCUGCUUUCUAUAACAAGUUUCUUCCUUUUGGUGAAUUUUUGUAAGUUUUUAAGCGCGGUGGUUUAGUGUACGUCAUCAGUCGGCUAAUGCACGUGGUGGAUUUAUGCGACAACCUUAUUUGCCA